GUCACAGCGCGCUGAUAAUUGUUAUUGUUAGCUUGUUAGCUCGCAGGCUAACCCCGGAGAUGGAGAUAUGACGGAGUAAUAACGUCUUAUUACAUGUGCGGGACUGGGUUAUUACCGGUGGUCACAGCUGAUGACUUUUCCUGGAAGCUCACUUGAGGUCUGAGAUGGAGGACGGAAACAGGACUGAUGCUGCUUCCACAUCCAAGAACCACUCAGGUUCUCUCCACCUGCAGACUCCAAAAAACGAGGACACCUACGAGAUCUCCAUCCCCUACGAGGAGAACAACUUCGAGCAGCAGGGGUUCUUCAACCAGAGCGACCAGAGUUUUGAUGAGCCGGCCUCCUCCGCCGGUCCGUCUCCGGUCAACAGCUCCUACAUGGUGAUCACCAACCUGAGGACGCAGCUCCAGAUCUCCGUAGAGAAGAACUCCUGGCUACAAAAGAGGAUCGAGGACCUGGAGGAGGAGAGGGACUUCCUCCGCUGCCAGCUGGACCGCUUCAUCUUCUCCACCAAGACUCAGGGCCAGGAGCAGAGCCAGAGCCAGUACAGCAACGGAUACGAGUCGAGACGAUUCAACUGGAGGGCGAGAAGAGAAGAAGAUCGUCCUGCUGAACCACAGAAGACGGACUCUCAGCAUUUCACCAGUCGUCAGUUCAUCCAUCGAAGGCCCGGUCCUCCUACCAUGGUGGCCUCCAAGAACCACGUCUCCGGCCCGUUGUCCAACCAGCUAGCCUCCAUGAACGCUCUGUUCAGCUCCUCCCAGUCUCAGGCUCUCCUUCAGGGCCACGGCUCGUCCAGCAGCGCCGCCGCCGGCAGCAACGGCAGCAGCAGCAGCAGCAGCAGCAACGCAACGAGGUCCAGCAUGAACGAGAUGAGUGGACACGGCAACGUAGGUCCAGAUUCGCUCUCACUUCUGGGAGAAUCUGACGAGUACCUGGAGCAGGACGGCUACAUGGAGGAGGAGGAGAUGAUAUCGGGGGAAGACGUCAUGACUGACAGCAUCAACAGCCACCAGAUAAAGAGGAGGCGGGUCUUCAGAGCUCCACGGGAGCGACAAAGAGUUAAAGAUGCCGCCGGAGUUCUGUUCCGCUACAAGAAGAUUCUGCUGACAUACCAGCGCCUCAAGAACAUGUCCAAAGCCUUCCAGAUCCACGGCGUCGACCGCAACACGGUGGCCUCCACGACGCCCAUCGCCGAGCUGCUGCUGGUGGCUCCGGAGAAGGUGGCCGAGGUGGGCGAGUUCGAUCCGUCCAAGGAGAAGCUGCUGGACUACGCCCGGCGCUGCUACACCGCCCUGGACGAGGAAACGCUCAGCAGAGUCCAGGCGUUGAAGAAGAACAACCUGCUGCUGCCCAUUUCCUACAGGUUCAGACACUGAGGUGGAGGUUUGGGGAGAUUCAGAAGACUGAGGAACUAUUUAACAUCUCAGCAACUGUUUAAACUGUGACUGACACACAAACUCGUCACGUCUUUUACUAUAAAACUGCACAGGUGUGUCGGUUUCUUUAACAAAUCUUUGGUGUUCAGGAUGAGCCGAAAGGGAAAAAAUAUGGUUUAAGGUCAUCUUUAGUGCAGGAUUAUAGAGGAAACUGCUUUUUACAGUUUAUAAAUGAGCCUAGCUGAUUCAGGUUUCAGCUUUUAUUUUGAAGAGACGCGCUUGUUUCCUUUUUCUGUCCACAUUUUAUCAAACAUUUCAGCUAAGUAAUCACUAACUUAUAACGCUUUAUUUAUGCGGUUUUAACACAAUCCUUAAAGUAGCUUUCAAUCACUUUGUUAAACUUAUGCUGCACUCCACUGAUUUUAUAGAAUUAUGUUAAAGAAACUGUCAUUUCAUUCUGUUUUUACUGUCCCACUAAUUUUUGAUAUUUGUCAUUAUAUUGUUGCCACUUUUACUUGCCUUAAUGCUAUUUUUGUGAGUUUCUGACAUGAGAGAAGCAUCGGUUUUGUCUCAUCCUUCAUUUUUUUCCAGGUUUAAAAGAGGAGAGAACUUUUUUAAAAAAGAAAGAAAAGGACACAAUCAUGAUGCUCUGGCAACAAGAGACACUUUUUCUAGUUUAAAGUGAACUAAGCCAGAGAAAUGUUGACAAUAUUCCAUGUGUUUGUCUAAUAAUUAUUAUAAUAAUACGACCACCAGCUGGUCUUUUGCCUGGUUUAAUCCACAACACACUACAGGGGGUCCUUGACUUACGUCAGAGUUCCGUUCCUACACUGCAACUUAAGUCGAUUUUCACUAAGUCGGAACUCCAGCGAAAAUGUGAACAAAGCCGUUACGUGCAUCACGAUAUCAAUCAGUUCCUUGGAAAAGUCAUGAAUGCUAAUGACUUUCAUGCACGUUUGAAUCAUUUUACUAGAAGAUAACAGAACAUGUUGCACUGUUUUUACAACUUGCCAUCAGAACAGUCUCAGUUACGCUUGGAAGCCAUAAUGAAGGGCAAAAAGUUAGUGAAUGUAGCACAAUCCAAGGUGGCGUACAACCGGAGAAUGGAAACAAAGCCGUCUGAUAGCGCCGUAUGACGACGUAUUCAUCCACUCUGCUCGCCAACUAGUUCCACAUAACCAAUUCCGAUGUAACGACAAAACACUGUAGGUCGUGGACGACGUAAACCGAGGACCCGCCCAUAACCAGUUCUGAUGGAAAGCUGUAGGUCGAGGACGUCGUAAACCGAGGACCCAUCCGUAACCAGUUCUGAUGGAAGGCUGUAGGUCGAGGACGUCGUAAACCAGUGACUCCCUGUAGUUCCACUGAGGGUUUCACAAACCUCCUUUUUUGUAAAUGCAUGAUGACAUAUUCGUCCGCUCUGCUCGCCAACUAGUUCCAUGUAACCAGUUCCGACGUAACGCCGUAGGUCAAAGACGUCGUCAACCGAAGACCUGCCCGUAACCAGUUCCGAUGUAAAACAACAAAACGCCUUAGAUCGUACACCGAAGACCCGCCCACAACCAGUUCCGACAUAAUGACGAAACGCCGUAGGUCAAGGACGUCAUAAACCGAGAACCCCCUGUAGUUCCACUGAGGGUUGCACAAAUCUUUUUUGUAAAUCCGUGAUGAUGUAUUUGUCCGCUCCACUCGCCAACUAGUUCUACGUACCAGUUCCACGUACCAGUUCCAACGUAACGAUUGAACACCAUAGGUCGAGGACAUCGUAAACCGAAGACCCGCCCGUAACCAGUUCCAGAGUAAAACAACAAAACACCUUAGGUUGUAAACUGAGUAACCAGUUCCGAUGUAACGAUGAAACACUGUAGUUAGAGGACGUUGUAAACCAAGGACCCCCUGUAGUUCCACUGAGGGUUGCACAAACCUCCAUUUUGUAAAUGAUCUGCACUAAAUUCCAGUAAAAGUCACUUCACAGGCUUCUGAUACCGAGGCUCUCCUUUUGUGAAAUACAUUUUGGAGCAUUCCCACUAAUUAAUCACUCGACUGGUUGUUCGUAUUGUCGCGUGACUCUUAGUUCCUUGUGAAAAGUCGUGGACGUUCAUCACGAGUUUCAGCCGAAGCAGCUGUCGAAUCGUCCCACAGCUCGACUACACAUGCAUGAGAGGAGAGCUGGUUGGUUGAUCUGUAGUUCUUAGGGGUCCAGUAAGAGACGUGUCGACUGUACUGUAUGAUAAUGUGUGGUUUGUAAACUGACGAGGUCGCAGUUAAAACACUGUGACUUAAACUCUCACGUCUCGGGAACCGAUUUUCAUAAAAGUAAACGGAUAAAAACUCCGAUCUGUCGAGCUCAGGCCGAUUUCAGUGUCUGUGAGGCUAAAAACCUACCAGUGUUCAGUAUGUGUCUCGUAUCUCUCUGAAAUUAAGGUAUUAUUCACCAAAUGUACGGUAAGAUUCAAGUGUCAAUAAAGCCUUCGACUUAUUGGAUUAAUUAAUCUGUUAAAUCCAACAACACACUCGCUGGAAAGAUGUCUGUGACUCAUGAACUGUACUGUUCAGACAUAAAUGUAAUUAAAAAAUUUGAUUUCCUACAA